AUGGCGACCCAGGCGAAACGCCGGCGGGUGGCCGGGCCUGCGGGCAGCGACGACGACCCGGCCCCGGUGGCCAGCUUCCUGAGCUGGUGCCAGCGGGUGGGACUGGAGCUGAGUCCCAAGGUGGCGGUGAGCCGGCAGGGCACGGUGGCCGGCUACGGCAUGGUGGCCCGGGAGAGCGUGCAGCCCGGGGAACUGCUGUUCGCGGUGCCGCGGGCCGCGCUCCUGUCGCAGCACACCUGCUCCAUCAGCGGCGUGCUGGAACGAGAGCGAGGCGCGCUGCAGAGCCAGUCGGGCUGGGUGCCGCUGCUGCUGGCGCUGCUCCACGAGAUGCAGGCCCCGGCCUCGCCCUGGAGCCCCUACUUUGCGCUCUGGCCCGAGCUGGGCCGCUUGGAGCACCCCAUGUUCUGGCCAGAGGAGGAGCGCCGGCGAUUGCUGCAGGGCACAGGCGUACCCGAGGCCGUGGAGAAGGAUUUGGCCAACAUCCGCAGCGAGUAUUAUUCCAUUGUGCUGCCCUUCAUGGACGCCCACCCCGAUCUUUUCAGCCCCAGGGUCCGAUCUCUGGAACUCUACCGCCAGCUCGUGGCUCUUGUGAUGGCCUACAGCUUUCAGGAACCACUGGAGGAAGAGGAGGAUGAAAAGGAGCCAAACUCCCCUUUGAUGGUGCCUGCUGCAGACAUACUAAACCAUUUAGCCAAUCACAAUGCCAAUCUAGAAUACUCUCCAACUUGUCUUCGGAUGGUGGCCAUUCAGCCCAUUCCUAAAGGCCAUGAGAUCUUCAACACUUAUGGGCAAAUGGCUAACUGGCAGCUGAUUCAUAUGUAUGGUUUUGCUGAACCGUAUCCCAACAACAUGAAUGACACAGCUGACAUUCAGAUGGUGACUGUUCGUGAAGCUGCGUUACAGGGAACAAAAGUUGAAGCUGAAAGGCUCCUACUGUAUGAACGCUGGGAUUUCUUAUGCAAAUUGGAGAUGGUAGGGGAAGAGGGAGCCUUUGUGAUUGGGCGUGAAGAGGUACUGACUGAAGAGGAACUGGCCGCUACACUCAAGGUACUGUGCAUGCCUGCUGAGGAGUUCAGAGAAUUUAAAGACCAGAAUGGAUGGGAAGAUGAUAAAAGUGAAGAUGACAGCCUGACAAUCACAGAUAUCCCCAAACUCAAAGCAUCAUGGAGACAGCUUCUUCGGGACAGUGUUUUGUUGACCCUGCAAACCUAUGCCACAGACUUAAAAACUGAGCAAGAGUUACUCAGCAACAAGGAGGUCUAUGCGGCACUUAGCUGGAGGGAACAGCAAGCCUUACAGGUGCGUUACGGUCAGAAGAUGAUUCUACACCGGCUGUUGGAGCUGACAUGUUAG